UGGACCGAGGAUCACACUUAUGAACAGAAAAUGGCGGCGGGGUUUAACUGGUUUCUGGUUCUGAGCUCUGUGUUUCUGUGCAAUCUGGUCAAAUCAUUUCUGCCGUCUAUUUCUUCAUUUCUGUCAAAGAUCUUUCAGAAAGAUGCUGAUCAAGAGAUGGAGAUGCGGACGGAGAUCCAGAUCAUGAGGAUGGAGCUGUCCACCAUCAGCAUGAUGGACGAGUUCGCCAGAUAUGCUAGACUGGAGCGCAAGAUCAACAAGAUGACUGAUCAACUUAAGACUCUAGUCAAAUCAAGAACUGCACAUCAGGCAAAAAUUAAGUGGAUAGUGAAUAUUGUAUUUUACAUUCUUCAGGGGGCUCUUAUGAUCUCGCUCAUAUUAAAGUAUUAUGCAGAGCCAGUCACUGUGGUGCCCAGUAAAUGGAUUGCUCCACUGGAGAGACUAGUUGCCUUCCCAUCUGGAGUUGCAGAAUUGCAGCUUUUACACAGAAGAAACACUGCGAGUGUGAAAAUACAACGUGAACUUGCUCUUGCAGUUACACCGCUACUUGACUCAUGCGUGUGGCAGUGAACAGGCCUUACUGUCACACUAUGCUAAAUUUCUAAAUCUUUUCUUUACUGCUUUUAUCUCAGGUGGUGUUGGAAUCACAUGCUGGCUAGUUGUCUGUAACAGGGUGGUCGCCAUUGGUUUACAUGCUGUCAGUUGAACUCUGUAUUAGUGUUAUAUCAGCAUGAAUGUGCUGUAACUGUUUUACUUUCCCAAUGUUGUUCCAAGUUCCAUGUACUUACUUAAAGCCACAGUCUGUGAUGUGUACUAUCCCUUUGACAAUUAUGAAUGGCCCUUUAACAUGCUAUUUUCAAAUCUGCUCAAGCGCUGGUAAGUGUGUUACAAAUGACAAAAAUAUACAAAUGACAUUUUAAAUGUGAUUAUGCAUGUUAUUAACUCUUGUCCUCACAUCUGGUUCAAAUUUUGUUUAAUAUAAUGAAGUUUUCAAAAUGUAUAAAGGGUCUGCCUUUAUCUAAAUUGGCAUCAUUAAAUGUUUUAUGGGCAGGUUUAAAGUAUACACAUAACUAUGAUAUUCCUAACUAGGAACUGCAGACGUGUAAAAAUCACAAAACGCUGGUGUUAUGAGCUUCAUUUUGCUGUUCACAACUUCAAAUUAGAUCAUUAUUUUUCUCUACUUAUUGUACCAUAUUGUAUCUUUGUAAAUGUUUUGGUAGUUUGUUUGGUUUGUUUGUUGUAUGAUAGUUUAUUCAAUCAUUUAUAAUAACUUUGUCCCUGAAUCUAAGCAGGCAAAAAAAACUAAUUAGUUACCCUUGUAAUAUGCAUACUGUAUCUCAAGACUUUAAACCAAAUGUAUAUACACGGGCUGCUUUGUGUUACAUAUUGCAAUGCCACAGUUCUAGAAUACAUUUAUUAUUUUAUUUAUUGUAUUUAAUUUGUAUUAUUAUUGUUAUUAUUAUUAUUAUUGCAUUAAAACAAUCAUGUUAGUUUUAGUUAAGCCUGUGAGCCAACUUACCAUUCAUGUUUGGCUUUUCUGGUAUUUUUCCAGUAAGUCUAUUUGUAAACAGUAAGAACAGUAAUGUAGUUGGACCAACAUGUUAAUAAUAUAUUUUUUUUUUUUUUUUUUUUUAUAUUAACAAAAAAUAACAUUGAAUUAACAGAAAGAUGAAACACAAAAUGGCAAUCAAGAACCUUCCUUUCUUUAGUUGGAUGUAUUUCCCUUACCAAUGAGCAUCCUGUUUAAGAAAAGAUCAUGGUAGCAAAGAAGUGAAGGAUUAAAACCUUAUAAUAACCUCA